AUGGAGGCCAUGCAGGAAUCAUUCCAGAAAGUGGAGAAGAUUGGGGAAGGCACCUAUGGAGUGGUGUACAGGGCUCGCAACAAGCGCACGGGGCAGCUGGUGGCCCUCAAGAAGAUCCGCUUGGAUGCGGAGUUGGAGGGUGUCCCCAGCACUGCAAUCCGAGAAAUUGCACUGCUGAAGGAGCUGAAGCAUCCCAACAUAGUCAGGCUCCUGGAUGUCAUACAUAGCCAGAAGAAGCUCUAUAUAGUGUUUGAGUAUCUAAGCCAGGACCUGAAGAAGUACAUGGAUUCAUGCCAAAACAAAAAGCUUCCUUCUAGCUUGGUCAAGAACUACCUUUUCCAGCUGCUGCAGGGUGUGAGCUUCUGCCACUCGCACAGAGUCAUCCAUAGGGACUUGAAGCCACAAAACUUGCUCAUUAAUGAAGCAGGAACAAUCAAACUGGCUGAUUUUGGACUGGCAAGAGUUUUUGGCGUCCCCCUGCGCACAUACACUCAUGAGGUGGUGACUCUGUGGUACCGAGCCCCUGAGAUACUGCUGGGAUGCAGGUACUACUCAACCCCUGUGGAUGUCUGGAGCAUUGGCUGCAUCUUUGCAGAAAUGGUAACCAGGAAGGUCCUGUUUCCAGGGGACUCUGAGAUUGAUCAGCUCUUCCAGAUCUUUCGCAUCCUAGGCACUCCCACCGAGCUGACCUGGCCUGGUGUGACACAGCUGCCUGACUACAAGAGUGCCUUUCCCCGGUGGCCAAAGAAGGAGAUGAAGGACAUUGUUCCCGACUUAGACCGAGAUGGGAGAGACUUACUGACGCAAUUGCUCGUGUAUGAUCCCAGCAAGCGAAUCUCAGCCAAAGCAGCCCUCAGCCACAGCUACUUCCUCUGCAGAAACCCUGAGAGACCUGAACAAGUGUCUCCAGCAACAUGUGCUGCGGAGAGACUUCAGAUGAGAGAUGAAGAGUACUAUCCGGUGUCUUAA